GAAAACAUUGCAGCGGAAGCUGCAUCGUGUGCGUGCGUUGUCGCCCCCACCGACCCCACGGCCCCACUCCUUCCUUCGCCCCAUAUUUGGGGCCCCGUCCUCGCGUUUGGUGGGCCUGUCCCGGCAAAGCGCCCGCGCGCAACCCAGGCGCGCAGCAAGCAUUCACAGCCGCGCCUGCGCCCGCUGGCGGGCCAGCGCCUCUGCUCGCUUUUAUUGAUUUUUCUGGCGCGCUGAUGUGCGGCCGGGCCCGGGCCCGCGCACUUUCCUCUCCACCCUUGGAAAGGGGCCAGCGCCCUCGCCCAGUGAGUGUUUGUCGGUCAAAGCCAAACGCCGGCACGUAUGCACUAACCAACCUUCUUGGCCGGUGUUUGUGGCGCUGGCGCUCUCGUCUGGAUAGGAGUCGCAACGCAGCCCUGCCCAUCGGUCGGUGCAUGGCGCAGCUUUUCCUCGGCUUUGCGAAGGCCCCCUUUCACCAUAGUCAUCCAUUGCAACCGAAGCUAUUGGGUGUUUUGUUGU